CGUGACGUCACUGCUGGAGUGGAGACAGUCUGAAGAGGUGAGGCGGUCAGUAAUUGCAAUCAAAGUGGACCAAUAGCUGGAUAUGCUGCUGCGUGUAUUGUUUGAUGGGGAGCAGAAGUAUGUUAGGCUGUCUGACCUAACAUUCGACUCUUUCAUGAAAGAAGUGUGCCUAAAAUUUAACAUACCGGAAGGCAUGCAACCAGACUUGAAGGUGUUUGACAAAUCCGACACAGAAGUUGAUGGAGAAGUCUUUGAAGAAAUAGUGAAUGAGUCACCUGGAACCUUCAAAGUCAUGUUGAGCAAAGAAGAACUAGAUGCCUCUCUAUCAUCAACAUCAUCAUCAUGCUCAGCAGCAUCUGACGAUACUAUCAUUCUGAACGUCACAAUGUGUGACCCUCCUGAAGAAGCAGCUGCUGUCGAAGGAAGUCAGCCUAAAAAGCCAUGCCACAUUAACUGUGGGGCGAAAGCGUUGAUUGAAAAAAUCCUAACAACAAAGCCUGGUGGUGAAAAAAUCAUGCAAGAGUAUGCAAAAAUAAAAUCACUGAAAGAUGGCACCAGAAGACAGAUGAUUAACAUUCUCACUGCUGAGAUGACACAAACACAUGGGACAUCCCCCCCCAAAAGUGUCAAAGUGUUGUAUGCGCAGGGGAUAGUUGCUCUAUUUCCAUAUCUGGAGGACCCAUAUUCACAGCAUGGAUAUGAACAUUACUACGACCCAGAGAGUGGGUCCGGAUACCUUGCAUGGCGGUUGAAAACCAUCCAACGAAAAAGUGCAGAGGAAAGAGGUGUGUCUGUGAGCAAAUCUCCCAAAAUUGGUGGGCCAAGCCGUGUUCAACCCAGACCCUUCACUGCUGAUAAAGUGUUAUCUGAUGAGGAUGUGGAAGCAGCUAUUGCCGUUUUGAGACACUCUGCUGAUGAAGACACCAUCCGUGACAAGAUGAAAGCUACCUUCAUUUAUCGUCAGUCAAUGGUCAGCAAUGAGAAGAGAGCAGGGGAUGUGUUCUCAGUCUUCCCGAGAUUUCUAGACACACCUGGACUGAUAGAACAAGAUUUCAGACUGCUGUUUGGGGAGGCCACAGCCAACAAAUUCCUGGAAAAGUGGGCCACUAAUCUGAAAACAAAAGUGAAAACAGAAAGCCAUGGACUGGUACCGACCAGAGAGGUCUUGGAUUUAACGCGCAAUGCUGAGUCAACUGCUGAAAUUGAGAAUGGCUGGGACAGUGACAUGUCUGCUAUAUUGCUGCUCCUCCAUCUCCUACCACCAUCUGCACAGGGAAGGAAGAGGCCGGGGAAGGUGUCGGCAUGUCAGGCUGUGGAACACCUCAUCAGAUUCAUAAAAGCUGGAACCAGUGUACAGCAGCACCUGGAUAACAUCAGCCAAAGCAGCCAGCCCUACCUCCUCGCUCAGGGUCCUGCAAGAAGCAGCAUUCACACCUUCUUUAUUGUGAUUGACGACCUCUUCUUCCAACCUCUCUGCUUGUUCAUCGCCAGUGUACAGCAGCAGAAAGAGGAGUCACAGCCCAACGUGGAGCUGUUGCCAAGGGACUCCAAAGAUAUGAACUAG